GCUGGGUAAUUUGAUUUCACUUACUUUACUGUACGAUACGAUGACUAUUUAAUCUCAUAUAUAUGGCUUUAUAGUGGUGAUCGGCAAAUAUGUAUUUAAGAUUGCUAAUUUCGUUCUUACUGUUGGUCAAUGUGGCUGCGCAAGCAGUGACCCUUUAUGCAGACACGACAGACCUGUCAGCUGGUCACCCACCACAUCUCACCUGUCAACAUUACUACGACCCACUCGUCUCGUGGUGGCUAAAUGGAAAAAUAGCUCUGAGCUCGCGAGUAAACGGAGAAGACUGCAUGAAUAGCCCAACGAAUCCAGAUUAUCUGGCCGACUGUAUCUGUACAAAGUCAGUGCACUCAUGCACACUUAAGUACUUGUCCUCGUCUAACGUUGGUGACCAAUGGGCAUGCUCUAUUAGCGAUUGGAAUGGUACUGUUAUAAAAAGUAACAUUCUGAUAUUAACAUUGCCAGCUGCCAAAUCGGUGACCCUUUAUGCAGACACGACAGACUUGUCAGCUGGUCACUCACCACAUCUGACUUGCCACCAUGACAAUUACCCAAUUGUCUUGUGGUGGCAUAAUGGAGAAAUAGCUCUGAGCGCGCAAGCAAACGGAGGAGACUGCCUGAAUAUCUCAACGAAUCCAGCUUAUCUGACCGACUGUACGUGUACAUACACAGUGCACACAUGUACACUUAGGAACUUGAACAGGUCUAACGUUGGUGACCAAUGGGCGUGCUCUAUUAGAGCUUCGGAUGGUACUGUAAUAAAAAGCAACAUUCUGACAUUAGAAUUGCCAGAAUUGCCAAGAGGAAAUAGUGCCCAAAUAGCAGUGAUUGCUGGCUCGGUUGGUGGCGCUGUUGGUGUACUUAUAAUCAGCGUUGUUAUGGUCACCAUAUGGAAGCGUAGAGAAAACGAUAAUCGCAGUGAUAACCUGGACCUGGUUCCUGAUUCGUCGACGACCCAAGUUAAAAGCAUAAAUAAUGCAUAUCAUGAAAUUGAAGAUUAGUCGAUAGUAACUAUUUUACGUUAAAGCCCCAUUUAUACUAAAAUCAACGGAAAUUUCGUAACGUAUUUCGUAAAAUAAAGUUACACAAUAAAAACUCUACGUUCGUUAUAGCAAAAUCCAAAAUGUCAAAGCCAGAUGUGUUUUGGUAACAUAGAUGAUUGUAGAUACAAAAUGCAUGUUUUUAAUUGUUCGUUUCACAAUAACUUCCAUUUAAAUUUCUCGCACUGAUAUCUAUUCGUACGACACAUGAAAACUAAAUGAUAGGAUUUAAGUGUUCUUGUGUCGUAUGAAUAGAUAUAUUUGCGGGAAACUAGAAUGAAAUUAAUUGUGUCAUAAAAAAUAAAAACGUGCUUUUCAUAUCUAUAAACAUCUUGUUACCAGACCACAUCUGGCGUUGAAAUUUCGGCAAUUGCUAUAUUGAACACUGAUUUUUAAUUUAUUAACUUUAUUUUAAAAAAUAUUAUACGCAAUAUUCGUUGAUUUUGAGUAGUAAAGAGGCUUUAAGCGUGUUAUACAAAUGAAGCAAAUACGUGAACAGCAAAUCACUUGUGAAAAAAGAUGACUUUAAGUUAAAUCUAUUAAAUACAUUUCCGUCGCCAUAACCUCCCAUGUCAGUGUGCCGCUACAAUGGUUUAUGCCAAAUCAAAACGUGUAUUAGGAGGUAUACGUUUUUGUGUAGUUAUUAUGUGUGUAAUGUACCUCAUGAAUUAAUGUUCUUAAUUAAUGUGAUGCUCCAUUAACUUUAGGCUUACACAAUACAACCCCCCCCCCCAAAAAAAAACAAUAUGUAUCAUUUCUCGAUAUCAAACUGCUCAUCGUAUUAAAUAAAUGCCUUACAACGUUCGAUAACAACUGAUCACGCCUUACUAUGACUGGACUAAUGACAGACCACGCCCCCAUUAGUAAUUGGUGAUAUAGUUGUUGUGAUUUAUUUUCAAACAAGGCUUUGUUUCAAAUGUUACGGACAUAACAUUCUCAAUGUAUUGCUUCUCGAUAUCAAACUGCUCGUCGUUAUAAAUAAAUGCCUUACCUCGUCCGAUAACAACUGAUCACGCCUUACUAUGACUGACCUAAUGACAGACCACGCCUCCAUUAGUAAUUAGAUAUAGUUGUUGUGAUUUAUUUUCAAACAAGGCUAUGUUUCAAAUGUCACGGACAUAACAUUUUCAAUGUAUCGCUUCUUGAUAUAAAACUGCUAGUCGACUGAUCACGCCUUAUUAUGACUGACCUAAUGACAGACCAAGCCUCCAUUAGUUAUUUGUUAUCUAGAUGUUGUGAUUUAUUUUCAAACAGGGCUAUGUUUCAAAGGUUACGGACAUAACAUGCUCAAUGUAUUGCUUCUCGAUAUCAAACUGCUCGUCGUUAUAAAUACCUGCCUUACAACGUCCGAAAACAACUGAUGACGCCUUAUUAUGACUGACCUAAUGACAGACCACGCCCCCAUUAGUAAUUGGUGAUUUAUUUGUUGUGAUUUAUUGUCAAACAAGGCUAUGUUUCAAAUGUUACCGACACAACAUUCUCAAUGUAUCGCUUUUCGAUAUCAAACUGCUCGUCGUUAUAAAUAAAUCCCUUAACACGUCCGAUAACAACUGAUCACGCCUUAUUAUUACUGACCUAAUGACAGACCACGCCUCCAUUAGUAAUUGGUGAUUUAGUUGUUGUGAUUCAUUUUCAAACAAGGCUAUGUUUCAAAUGUUACGGACAUUACAUACUAAAUGUAUCGUUUCUCGAUAUCAAACUGCUCGUCGUUAUAAAUAAAUACCUUACCACGUCCGAUAACAACUGA